AUGGCUGGCCCUCUCGGCGCGGCCCCUCCUGUGCGUCGCCGGCCGCCACCCCAGCCCACCGACGGACAUCGCCCCUUCCAGCACGGCCCCUCCCGUGCGCUUCCCCAGGCCCGCUACCGGUCGAGGCCUAUGCCAGAUCUGCUGGCGAUGCACCUGCACGUGACCUCCCUGCGCCAGAUCCCGGUGGUCUACAUGCGUUGCCUGUGCGGGCUGGAGCAGGAGUCAGGCUUCUACUUCAACAUGAAGCACUUCGAGGACCUCGUGCAGGGCGGCGAGUGGGACGAGGUGGAGAGGUACCUCAGUGGCUUUACCAAGGUGGAGGACAACCGCUACUCCAUGAAGAUCUUCUUUGAGAUCCACAAGCAGAAGUACCUCAAGGCCCUUGCUAGGCAUGAUAGGGCCAAGGCUGUGGAGAUUCUUGUGAAGGAUCUGAAGGUGUUCGCCUCCUUCAAUGAGGAGCUGUUCAAGGAGAUAACACGAUUCUUGACCUUGGAGAAUUUUAGCAAAAUGAGCAAUUUGUCCAAGUAUGGGGACACAAAGUCAGCCCGGAAUAUCAUGCUUUUGGAGCUCAAAAAGCUCAUUGAAGCAAACCCCUGUUUCGGGACAAGUUUGAAUGUCCCACCAUUCAAAGCUUCGAGCUUAGCACAUUGA